AUGGCGUUAAAGACCUGUUUGAAGGCCAACAUCCUGCUCAUCCUCACCGUCAUCUCUGCAGUGAUGGGCGUCACCAUCGGGUUGCUGUUUCGUCAGCUGCAUCUCUCCGGGGACACCAUCCUACUCAUCAGUCUCCCUGGGGAUAUAGUCAUGAGGAUGUUGAACAUGCUCAUACUUCCGCUGAUUGUUGCAAGCAUGAUCACAGGAAUCGCUAACAUGAACAGCAAGUCAUCGGGAAAGAUGGGUCUGUUCACUAUGGCCUACUAUAUUUCUACAACCGUCAUUGCAAUCUGUAUUGGCUUUGCUCUGGUGUUCAUUAUCAAGCCAGGAUUACAUGACACACUAACGUCAUCGGGCACGCAGUCUGAAGAGUUCCAUGCUCCUUCGGCAGUUGACAUGUUUCUUGAUCUCAUUAGAAAUCUGUUUCCAGACAAUAUUGUUAGGGCUGCAAUUCAAAGUUCACACACGGUUUACGUCAAGGAAGAUUUCAACAAUAUCAAGAAAGAAUCUCCUGAUGAAUAUGUGCUCCAGAAUGUAACCAACUCAACAUUUCAGGUAGAAUCUGAUGGGAGAAAUAUUACAGAGGAUAGGAAACCCACCUGGACACCUAAAACUGUCAACAGACCCGGAUUUAAUGUUCUGGGGAUGUUGCUAUAUUGUACAGUAUUUGGAGCAGUGCUUGGUAAACUAGGACCUAAAGGUCGGGUUGUCUUCAAGUUUCUUGUGGAACUGAAUGAGAUCACUAUGUGCAUUGUGCACCUCGUUAUGUGGUAA